AUGAAAACCAAACGGAAAAUCCUCUUAAUAUUAUUACAUUCUUUGGUAUUUUUUGAGGUUUUAUUUUGUUUAAUAAAGAAAAGAAAUUAUUAUAAUACUGCAUACACAAGAGGAAAGCAUCCUACAAAUCAUUUUAAAAAUUCCAAAAUAAAUCAUAAAUUAAAUUAUGUUAAUUUUAUAAAAAGUUUCAAACAAUGUCUUGCUAAAAAUUAUUCCAAUUAUUACUUUAAUCGUAAUACUAUAUUAUAUUUUAAAAAAACACAAACGGAUAAAUUUAUUGCCGUUAAGAAAAGAAAAAGCAUAUCAGGCUUUUCCUCUGAUCAUAUUAAACGAAUUAAUGGGAAACCUGUAAAAUUAUAUCUCAAAAAAAAUAAUGCGAAGGGGAAAAAUUCGGAAAGUGAAAAAAAUGAAGAUGAUGAACCCAGUGACACUAAAGAACGAAAAAAAACAAAAACAUCAAAAAAUGCCAAAACAAAAGCUGUAAAAAAAACUAAAUCGACAACAAAAAAUAAAACCAAAACUGCAAAAACAAAUAAAAAUGAAAAAAAAGACCAAAGUGAUGAGGGUGAAAACAAAACUAAUGAACCAAAAACUAAAGGAAAAAAAAAAAAAAAUACAACGGUGGACGAAAUAAUUCAUGAAGAUGAAGAAACGGAAAAUGCAAAAGAAGUGUUGGAGAAAAAAAAAUUGAAAGGAGCUAAAAGAAAGAAAUCGAGUGACUUAAUAAAAACAAAACAAAGCGAAGAUGAUAUUACCCUCGGAACAACAGACGAAGAUUUAGAGUCUGUAAAAGGAAAAAGAUCACAAAAAAAAGGAACAAAGAAAAAGCGAGAUAUUGAAGAAAUAAGUGAUGAAGAUUUUGAAGAAUUUGAUGAUGAUGAAAUAAUGCCCGGAAUAGAUGAUUUAGAUCAAGAAAAAGACGCAAAAGCAUACGAAGAAAAAAUGAAAGAAAAUGAAGAAAGAGAUAAGAAGGUUGAAUUCAUAAAAAGGGUAGAAUUCUUAUUAAAAGAAGAUAAUGAAAAAAAUCAAAACUUGUAUGAAGAAAGACCAGAUAUAGAUAAGCUUCGAUUUUCGGAAAAGCCAACAGUAGGAAGCGAAGAUUUAAUGCAUACUAUAUUAAAAAAUAUACACAAUAAUAAAGAAGAAAAGCAAAAAAAUUCAAAUCCUAUUCCUGAUUUUAAAAAGAAGCAUUUAUUUUAUGAAUUAUUAAGAAUAAGCAAUUCAAAUAGUUUUAAAACACAUAAAAUAUAUACACAUAAAGAUUUAAUAUAUGGAAUGAAAUAUAGAAAACUGGGAGAUAGCAAUUUAUGUGUUAGUGAAUUAUGUAUAGGGACAAGCAUGUAUGAAAAUGAUAACUUUAUAAGUAAAGAUGAUGUAAAUGUUUUAUUAAAUAUGGCUUUUUAUGAAUAUGGAAUAAAUUUUUUUGAUAUAUGUGAAUAUGAUCCAUUUCCUUUUGAUCCUGAUAGUUAUAGAAAAAGCAAAAACAAAAAUAUGAAUUUGUUUUUAAAAGAUAAAAAAAGAGAAAAUAUAAUAAUUAAUUUAAGAAUGUGUUCAUCAAGAAACGUAGAUAGAAAUACACAUGGAGAUUUUUAUUUAACAUGGAUUAUGGAUGGUCUAAAAGAUGAUAAACCAACAUUUUAUAAUAUUGAGGAAAGAUUGGAUAAAAUUUUAAAAAAUCUAAAUACAAGUUAUGUUGACAUAUUGACUAUUGAUAUUCCUGAGAGAUAUGUUCCGAAUAGUACCAUUGGGGAAGACACAUAUAUAUGGGGCCGUGAAAGGAGUAAUGACCCGAACAGCGAAGCUCCCACUGUUUCAAUAGAGGAGCAAUUUGAAAUUCUUGAAAAACUUGUGCUUAAGGGGAAAGUUCGGCACAUAGCAGUAUCAAACGAAACACCGUGGGGAAUAUAUGAAUGGUGCAAUUUAGCUAGAAAAAAAAAAUAUAUGAAAAUUGUAUGCGUGCAAAAUUUAUAUAAUCUGCUACAUAGAAAUGAAGUAGAAUCAUCAGGAUUAGUUGAAAUGAUGUUAAGAGAAAAUUAUAACGUCCCAUUAGUUCCAUAUGGUUUAUUAGCAGGGGGAAUAUUAACUGGUAAAUAUUUAGAUCCCGAAAGAUAUCAUACAGUAGGCCCUGAAACAAUAUUAGGUGAUGAUCAAUUAGAUCAUGAUUUAGAUGAAACACGAGGUAAUCAACCAGAAGAUUAUGGUUUUUUAUCAUAUGGACCUAAAAAUGGUACAUGUAAUAAAUAUCCCGAUUUAUAUAAAUCACAUAGAUGUAUAUGGGCGCAAGAUGCGACAGCAGAAUACAUGAAAAUAGCUAGAUCACAUGGUAUGACGCUGUCACAAUUAAGUCUAAGUUUUGUUUAUAGUAGGCCAUUUGUUGCAUCAUCCAUUAUAGGCCCUAGAACAAUAGGACAAUUAAAAGAUUCUAUUUUAUCACUUAAUUAUCCAUUAUAUCAACAUACACAGCAUGACUUGCAUGAAAUAUUUUUAAGAUAUCGAGGAUGCACAAUGGACGGUAAUGUCAUAUUAAAUAGUUUAGAAGAUCCAAAUAAAACAAGCCAAAAUAUCUUUUAUAAAUCUGCAAAUAUCCCAAUUUUAAGUGGUGGUACACACUGGGAUAAUUACCCUUUGCCAUUUUUACCUAAGCGUUAUGAAUAUACUGAUUUAAAAGAAGAACAUGAUAGAAUAAAAUCGACAUUUGGAUUAAAUGAUGAUCCUGGAGAUUUUAAUUUUAUUAAUUCUCGUAUAUGGAUAGAAAGAGAAGAAAAAAAAGGAGAAUAUUUUGCUCUAAAAGAAAGUAAUAUAUUUAAAUGGAAUAAAUUAAAAAUAUUUAAAGGUAUAUUAACAAAACUUAAUGAAAAAGAAAAAUUAAUUUAUGAUACUAAUGAUUUCCAUUUUUAUUAUAAAAAUAAUACUGUAUAUAUAGUUCCUACUGAUGAAGAAAUGGAAAAGUUAUAUCAAAAUAAAAAUAAAUUAAAAAAAAUAUUAACUCAAACAAUAAAUGAUACUCAAGAAUUAUAUCAAUACCAAGAACAAUUAGGAAAAGAUUUUCCAGAUAUUUUCAACAAUCUAGAUAUUGAUUUAAUCUAUAAACAGUUAAUAAAUAGACAUAAUAUUAACCCACUAGAUAAAAAACAGUUGGAAGAAAUUUAUAGCUAUAUCAAACUUACACCAGAAGAAAAAAAAACAGAGGAUUUCUGGUACAUAUAUCAGUAUAAUCCUUUCGACAAUUCCUUUGGGUUCAGAACAGGAAGUGAACCGUAA